AUGUCACUAGUAGGCAAGGUCGCCAUAGUCACGGGCGGAGCUCGCGGGAUUGGCAAAGGCAUCGUCCUCACCUUGGCGAAGCAAGGUGCCAAAGUUUCUUUCACCUAUGUUUCCACGUCCUCCACACCUCAUGCCGAAGCUCUUGUGCGCGAAGUCGAAUCGCUCGGUUCCUCUGCCCACGCGAUCCAAUCUGACGCUACGUCUCUCUCCUCACCAAAAGCCGUCAUUUCUUCGACUCUCGCCGCCUUCAAUGUCUCGCAGAUUGACAUCCUUGUCAAUAAUGCCGGCCUUGGAUCCGCCGCCACCCUCCUUGGAGAUGUCACAAUCGACGAAUACGAGAAAGUAAUGGGGGUCAAUGUUCGCGCAGUCAUCUUCAUGACGCAAGCCUUUCUCCCUUACGCUAAGCCCGGUGGACGCAUUAUAAAUCUGUCAUCCAUUUCCGCGAGGGGCGGUUAUGCGACGCAAUCAGUCUACUCUGCAUCCAAGGCGGCUGUCGAAGCCUUAACCCGCGUGUGGGCGACAGAACUAGGCCAUAAGUACAAAAUUACCGUGAAUGCGGUUAACCCCGGACCGGUGGAUACAGACAUGUACAGAGCAGCAGGGGAAGUGCAUUUAGCCCGCAUGGAGGAACAGAACAAAAAGACACCUGCUGCUCCAAGAGCGGGUACGGAGAACGACGUUGCAGAGAUCGUAGGCUUCCUUUGCGAGGAACGAUCGAGAUGGGUGUCUGGGGACAUUGUCUGCGCCAAUGGUGGCAUGCUGUAUAUGUGA